CGUUUACCAUAUAUGGUUCGACCGCUCCCAGCACCACGUGAGAUGCCGAUGUCCCCUUAGUAGACUAUAAACAUUUGAGGCGCAAGUUGACUGCUCUACAGAACUUUAUUGUGGUCAAGAAAAUUGAGCAAAAUAAGAGGGUGUCAUUACUUUUAUUGAACUUGUGUAGAUGAAACGUUGUUAUCAAUAAGAACUAUCUUCUUUCUUUCGUGUAGAUGUAUUCUAUCGCGGCUUUCUUCACUUGGCUCCUCUUUAACACUUAAAAUAACGGUGUGGACUGAAAUAAUGAGUGACGAAAUACUUUUAUUGUCUAUGUGUCAAUAUGAUUAGGUGGAAGGGUUAAACUAUUUAUUUUGUUGUUUAUUUACUAGUUAUGCAAACUUCAUGCAAAGAUCGGAUUAAAGAUAUCAAUUUGCAAAUACAUCAGCAACAACUAAGUGAUUCGUGUGAAUUAGAGCCCAUGGUUUUGGGAGAUAUGAAUAGUGAUAAUUACUCCAAUGGCCAUCGCGAUAACUAUGGGUCCAGGGAUGGAUCAUCAACAUCUGGGACGUCCAAAAAAUCCUUACCCGCAAAUGGGAAAAAAACAAAAGGACGAGUCAAAAUAAAAAUGGAGUUUAUUGAUAACAAACUUCGACGUUAUACGACCUUCAGUAAAAGAAAGACUGGGAUUAUGAAGAAGGCUUAUGAGCUAUCUACGUUAACCGGCACUCAAGUAAUGCUGUUGGUGGCCAGUGAAACUGGUCACGUAUACACAUUUGCUACGCGUAAACUGCAGCCUAUGAUUACGAGUGAGGCUGGAAAAGCUCUCAUACAAACUUGUUUGAACUCUCCUGAUUUGCCGCCUGGUCCAGGCGCUUCCUUAGACCAAAGAAUGAGUGCCACUGGGUUUGAGGAAACAGAUCUAACAUAUAGUGUUCCUGAGGAUUGUGAAAAGAUGCCGGACAGUCCAGAUAAUGCCGGAUACUCUCCCCCAUCUCCACCUGAGAAUGUUUCUGACAACCACCAGAGGGUUAUAGGUCAGGCUCUCUCAUCAGGUCCAUUGGGCGGAGGAGCAGAAUCUUCAUCAUCUAGUCACAACAACUCUGCUGCUGUACAAAGCUCAAACUUAUCUGUUGUCUCAGGUAGCGUAGUUCUUCCACAAACAAUUUUGCAAACGAACAACAAUGGGCUUUUUUACCACACUGGUCAGGGUCUUGUUUAUGCUGCAGCUCCCAGCAAUCUGUCUGACAGUGUUGUUCUAAACUUAGGACAAGAACACAGUGGUGGUUCACAGCAACAAUUUAUUACCAUACCAGUGUCUCUAUCAUUAUCCUCUGCUCAGCAACAGCAACUUGUUCCAGUCAGCAAUCAGAGUUCAUCCUUUAGGAAGGAAAAGAAUCCAAGAAAAUAGUGCCGCUCAAAAAGUGCCUUUAGAAUCUCCAAAAUAACUUGAGGAGGCCUUAUAUACAAACAAACAAUGAUAUAUUUUCUGUGUUUACCGUACUGUUGUUCGAGAUGGAGCUCAUCCACUUGUUAGUUGCUGAACAGUUUUUUACUGUGAUAAACAAUGCCUGCAAUUACAUAUUUUUCGUAACACGAUGAUAUUGAACUUUUACUAUGAAACGGUAACUACAAAAAAUAUUUUUAAAAGACUUGCAAUAUUUUUUUCUAUUCUAUGUUUAGUUAUAAUUUUUUGUGUUGUUUUUCACACUUGUUGAGACUAAUUCAUCAUUAUUUAUUUUAGAAUAAAGUUCAGUUUUUCUUUAUGACAAA